UAUAAACUCCUGUCUCUCGGCAAAUUCAGGCACAUACAAUAACAAUCAGAGAUGACAGAGGUGCAGUCAUUGAUCACAAAUGCAUUACCCUUUGCUCUUAUGAUCACGGCAGAGUGCAUGGAAGUCACUUUUUUAAGUCUUGGCAAGGCAGCUAUGAACAAUGGGAUCAGCUCCUUCGUUUUUGUUACUUAUUACAACACCUUGGCUACUUUCAUCUUCCUUCCCUUUUUUCUUCUCCAUGUUUGCAGAGGUAAUCAGCUGCCGCUUACUUUUUCUCUACUAUGUAGAUUUUUUCUACUUGGCCUAAUCGGAAUUUGUCUGCUACAGAUAUGUGGUUAUGUAGGUCUUGACUACGCCUCUGCGACUCUAGGAGUUGCCAUGGGCAACUUGAUUCCCGCGAUUACAUUCUUGCUUGCAAUUUUCUUAAGGAUGGAGAAGCUUGAUCUAAGAAAAUUAAGUAGCAUAUCAAAAGUUUUAGGCACAGCAAUUGCAAUAUCUGGAGCAUUUCUGAUCAUUUUUUACAAAGGCCAAGCAAUAUAUACGAUUGCAUCUUCUCUGGAUUCAGCUCAACAACUCCUCUCAGAGCAUUCGAAUUGGGUAGUUGGCGGUGGUUUUAUUACCAUCACUUGCUUUUCUUCAGCAAUUUGGAACAUUUUACAGGCGGCGACCAUUAAGGUAUACUGUGAUGCGACGACUAUAAAUUUUUUCUUUUGCUUCUUUGGAUCCAUCCAAUGUAUAGCAGUUUCUUUAUACAUGGAAAGGGAUACAGGUUCUUGGGUGCUUAACCCUGGUGUCGAGACAAUUGCUGUGGUUUUUGCAGCUGUGAACUGUGUAACCCGUGCCAGUAUCAUUACAUGGUGCCUGCAGCGGAAGGGUCCAGUUUAUGUAUCAAUGUUCAAGCCAGUAUCAACCGCCAUUGCGAUGGUCACUGGAAUCAUCUUCCUUGGUGAUACUCUUUAUAGUGGCAGUGUUAUUGGAGCAGCAACGAUUGUUGCGGGCUUCUAUGCACUGAUUUGGGGCCAAAACCAAGAGAAGAAAACAGUCCUGGUGGACUUUGCUUGUGAAGCAGAAUCAUCAACUCAGACUGCUCCACUUCUGCAAUAAUAAGUUGUAUUGACAGAGUAUAAAGAUUUUAAUUUAAUCAACUAUUUUGAUAGUUUGGCUUGCAGCAUUUUACAAUUUAGUACUAGAUGCAUAAAUUAAGAAACAAAAUGACAAUGGAAAUGUAUAUAGGUAGGUAGACUACAACCAAAUGAAAACAUGUAGUUUGCAGUGACAUAAUACAAAGAGAGAAAGUAAGAAAAAUGGAAAACCAGCAUGUAACAUCGACGCCAUAUUACUAAAAGAAUAGUAGAAGACAGGGAAGUUUGCUGGAGUUGGAUCGGAUCAACU